AUGACACGAGAGCAGUACAUACUAGCAACACAACAAAAUAACCUGCCAAGGGCUGAGAAUGCACAACUUUACCCAGUGGGAAUUUAUGGAUGGCGAAAGAGGUGCUUAUACUUCUUUGUCCUUCUGCUGUUGGUUACCAUGAUAGUUAACUUAGCCAUGACAAUUUGGAUAUUGAAAGUGAUGAACUUCACCGUGGAUGGUAUGGGAAAUCUGAGAGUCACCAAGAAGGGAAUCCGACUUGAAGGUAUAUCUGAGUUUCUACUUCCAUUGUAUGUGAAAGAAAUUCAUUCCCGAAAGGAUAGUCCACUGGUCUUACAGUCUGACAGGAAUGUAACAGUGAAUGCAAGAAAUCACAUGGGGCAGUUAACGGGACAGCUGACAGUAGGAGCUGAUGCUGUGGAAGCUCAGUGUAAAAGAUUUGAAGUGAGAGCAAGUGAAGAUGGCAGGGUGCUGUUUUCUGCAGAUGAAGAUGAGAUUACCAUUGGGGCUGAAAAGCUGAAAGUUACAGGCACUGAAGGAGCAGUGUUCGGGCACUCUGUCGAAACACCUCACAUCAGAGCAGAACCUUCCCAAGACCUCAGGCUUGAAUCACCAACAAGGUCCUUGAUAAUGGAAGCUCCCCGGGGGGUCCAGGUGACUGCUGCAGCUGGAGACUUCAAGGCUGCCUGCAGGAAGGAGCUCCAUUUGCAGUCCACAGAGGGGGAGAUAUUUUUGAAUGCGGAUACCAUCCGGCUGGGAAACCUGCCGACCGGCUCUUUCUCCUCUUCUUCACCCAGCUCCUCGCACUCUCGGCAGACAGUGUAUGAACUGUGUGUCUGCCCCAACGGCAAACUGUACCUGUCUCCAGCCGGGGCCGCGUCUACUUGUCAGUCCAGUAGCAACGUCUGCUUGUGGAGCUGA